GUUCCAAAUGAUGACAAAGUGCAGCUGUGUACUCAUGCAUGAUUAUGUAGUUUUCCUGAGGGCAGUGUUAAUCGCUUUUGGAUGGGAUUGAUAUCAUCAUAUCGGCUGAUGUGGUUAGCGUGACUUAAAAUCCCUAUUUAGCCUUAUAUCUCGAUUUCUUUGUUGAUUCCUUUGAAUUUCUCAAUUGGUUCAGAAUAGAAAUGUAGUCUGCCGGAUUAGUUGUGAACAUGUUUUCCAUAGGAGUUUUGAUGCAGUUUUGUUAAUAUUUCCUGUUUUCUAAUAAAGUAGAUCAAAACUGAAUGCUGGUUCCGUAUGAACACGUGAUCCAUGGAUAUUGGUAUAGCAAGUUCAAAUCUCUCUCUUUCAAGCUUGUAUCACCGUUCACCCAAUCAGUUUAGCAACCCCCAAUUUGUUUCUCUUGCCUCUGAUGAAAGCCUCAAGAACUAGAAAGUUUUAUGCCGAGAUCCAAAUCUGUUCUUUUUCCGGGACUGCAUCUGUAUGGCAGGUAAUAGAUCAAGCACUCUCUGUAGCAGUAAGUUUUGGGAGCUUGUAUUAUUUUAGCGACUCCUAUCUCCGUCAGAUUUUAUUGUGAGAGCCUUUUCAAAGUCUUCCAGUUGUGUUGACCAAGAAUGCUGAAACUGUAAGAUACGACUCAUUAUUUUUGGCAGUUUUCUGAACCCACUUUCAAAUUUCUCCUCCCUAACUGAUUGCACACGGACAUUAUAAGUACGCUUUGGCAUAUAGGGCCUGAUGAUGUAUCUGCUUCUCAUGUCAUUUAUACCUUGCAGACAAACCGACUGAUAUGGAAAAUGUUUUUGGCUUGGUAAGGAUCGAUUUUAGCCCAAUGUGGAAACCAUAGCGUCUAUUGUUUUUUAACACUGACCGGUGAGAAUGUAACUAUAAAGAGGAAGAGAAAUGGAAGAAAGAAAACCAUUUGUUUGACCAUAUGGAGGUUUUGAUAAGUUAUUGCAUAAGCAGCUAUGUUGGAUCCUGUGGGAAUGAGUCAAGGUCAGAGUAAUAUUUUAUCAGAUCAGAAAAGGAAAAAUUGCAGAAUCUUCUGUUAUGUUUUAAGAAUCUUUGCAAUAUCAUCAUAUCAAUUCAUAACCAACUAUAACGAGGAGAAAAUCAUGGUGGAGAGAGAUACAGGGCGAUCUCGUGGAUUUGGAUUUAUUACAUUUUCAGAACGCCGGUCCGUGGAUGAUGCUAUCAGGGAGAUGCAUGGACGUGACUUGGGAGAGCGCACCAUCUCGGUGAAUAAGGCACAGCCCAAGAUGAGUGAAGAUCUUGAUCGUGGCUAUAGAGGAGGUUACUCAUCAAGUGGCAGGGGUCGCUAUGCAGGUGGAGACAGAGACAGGCCCGUUGCACAAGAUGAAUGCUUCAAAUGUGGGCGCUUCGGGCACUGGGCCCGCGAUUGUCCUUCAGCUGGUGGUGGCCGAGGUGGGAGUGGUGUCUUGUUAUCUUCACGCUCAAGAUACGGUGGCGCUGAUGACUGUGGUGAUCGCUUCAGAGAUCGUGAUCGGUACAUAGAUGACCGUUAUGAUGGCGGGCGCUUUAGUGAUAGGGACCGUUUUGAAAGCAGAGACGACAGAUAUGGGAGCCGUGAUCGUUUCAUUGGCGACAGGUAUCCCCCUGCUGGAGAUCGAUAUGGUGUUCCAGAUCGUUUCCCUCAGAAUGGUUAUGGCAGAGAGAGAGGGUUUCGAGAUGUUGCUCCAAGAGGCAGUGAUAGGUAUGGAGGUGGAGGGCCAGCAGCGCGGAGUGAUGGAAGAAGCUACCGGAACAGGGCCGGCCCUUACGAUCGUUCGGGCAUGGGAGGAGGUCGCCUGUCUUCAUUUGAUCGCUAUUAAGCGAUGCCAUUAUGAUGUGUCAACUUUUAGGUGAAAACGGUAUAAGCAUAGGUACUUGGUUUUAUCAAAUCUAUCAAACAAUGAAGCAUGUAUGAUGCUGGAAUUUCCAUGAAUGGUAGGAUUUGGCGCAGUUUUAUUAAAUUAGAGAA